AAGGUCAUACUGACUGCGAAGGUUUGUUGUCCUAGCUAGUUUGUCAGCUUUUUUCCAGCAAGGAACGCUUCAGAUAUGUCCGCGUCUGAAGAACAAGAAGACACAGGGACCACUGUUCCAUCCGUCCUCAUUACGAGCUGUGACGUUGGCUUUAAUGAACAAGAUUUGAUAAAACAGAUUCUAGGCACCACCUCGUUGCCAAACCCGUCCAAGCAGGAGGAUACGGUAGUGUGGUACCCAUGGACUAUCAACAACAAGUAUUACACUGCAGACGUCAGCCUCUGUGUUGUGCCCAGUACAUACCAGAUGACCUCGGAGAUAGCCCAGUCCAUGCAGGCUUUCAUUGCUUACUUUGACAGCACAGUGAAGGAUGGUUUGGAGCGGCUGUCUCCCUGGAUAUCUGUGGUGGAAGACUUAGCUCCAGAGGUGCUCAUCCUGGUCUGUGACCGCGUGUGUGAAAGUGGCGUCAGUAGACAUGAGGCACAUCAGUGGUGUUUAGCCAACGCCUUCGAGUUGGUGGAACUCACCCCUGAAGACCUGCCAGAUGAGGAUGAUGACUUCCCAGAGUCUACAGGAGUGAAGAGGAUUGUCCAGGCUCUCAACGCUAACGUGUGGUCCAGUGUGGAGAUGAAGGAUGAACACAGUGGGGGCUUUGGUCUGAUGAGCAGCUUGGUGGCCUCCAGACAUAACAACCCACAGCCCAGACAGGAUACGCCACCCCCGGUCAGUGGUCCUGACAACCCACAGCCCAGACAGGAUACGCCACCACCGUCCUCCAGUCUGCCAGUAGAGGGCAGAGGAGACAGCGGGGAGCCCCAGAGGACUGAACCCAACCCUGACAACCGAGACACACAGGUUGACACCAUAGUAGAUCCGAUGCUCGACUUGGACAUCCAGGAGCUGGCUAACCUGACAGCUGGUGAUGCAGACGUGGAGAACUUUGAGCGCCUCUUCACCAAACUGAAGGAGAUGAAAGAUAAAGCCUCAUGGUUACCUCCUGAACAGAGGAAACUUCAUGCUGAGAAGGUUGCCAAGGCGUUUUGGACGGCCAUCGGAGGAGACCAGGAUGAGCUAGAAGGCCUGUCGUCAGGGGAGGAGAGUUAAAGGGAGACUGAGGAGCCACACUCUUCUUUCCGGUCCCCAGUCCUCCCUACCCUGGGUCUCCUACUGGAUCCAGUCUUCCCUACCCUGGGGCUCCCACAGGAUCCAGUCCUCCCUACCCUGGGGAUCCCACUGGAUCCAGUCCUCCCUACCCUGGGGAUCCCAUUGGAUCCAGUCCACCCUACCCUGUGGCUCCCACUGGAUCCAGUCCUCCCUACCCUGGGGAUCCCACUGGAUCCAGUCCUCCCUACCCUGGGGCACCCACAGGAUCCAGUCCUCCCUACCCUGGGGCUCCCACAGGAUCCAGUCCUCCCUACCCUGGGGCUCCCACAGGAUCCAGUCCUCCCUACCCUGGGGCUCCCACAGGAUCCAGUCCUCCCUACCCUGGGGCUCCCACAGGAUCCAGUCCUCCCUACCCUGCGGUUUUUUCACUAGGAAGCAAACAGAACAAUAUAAACUCUAGUUUUUGUUGCAAAACGUUUCCCAUUGCAAAAUGUUUCGCUACAGUGUGUGACUAAUGAAUACACCCCUGGUCUGCUCCCAACUCAGGAACUGUGAACGAUAGAGUAGAGACUGGGAGGGACUCUAGCCAGGUUGGAGAGAGGAGAGGCCUUAUCAUCAUGAUAUUAUCAAUUAUUACAAUUUGUCUCACCACAUGAAAAAAAAAAAGUUUUUUGCAACACUAUCAAAAGCUAGCUUGGUCCCAGAUCUGUUUAGUGCCGUCUUCCCGACCCAAUGACCAUACUGCAGGAGCUGGCAAGUCCGCACAAACAUCUGGGACCAGGCUAGUAAAAGUUGUUGGGUGUCCAGUCUGCCCACGUUAGGAAGAGAGCAACUGAGAAGACUGUGUACAGUAAGAGGCUGUUCUGUGGCUGUUUAAUGGGAGUCAAUGUUUGGUGUUAAUGUGGAUGUUUUGUUUUUUGUUACCAGGGGAAAAACACAUUGAGACCUUAGGUCUCAUUGCAAAUGUGCCCUGGGAACAAUACAGAAAAUACAAAUUAUACAAUUAAAUACACAAUAAACAAUCAAACAAAACAAACACAUUUAUCAAUAUAAAAUGGAUGAAUGCCAUGAUGAGUGAUGUGGAGACUGGUUGAACUGAUCAAUCCCUCUUCUCCUGCAUGAGUCCUGUGUUGUCCAGCCGUGAUGAGUGAUGGUGGAGACUUGGUGGUUAACAUAAACAGUAGUUCCCAGACCUCUCCUUCGGGGGACCCUUCAGACCUCUCCCUCGGGGGACCCUUCAGACCUUUCACAGUGUUGUUCUAGCCCUAAAUUAGGUCACCUGAUUAAUCAAUCAAGGGCUUGAUGAUUAGUUGACAUGUUGAAUCAGGUGUGCUGGAUGUGGCAUAGAUCACAUGCAUGGAACGGCUGGGGGUCUGCAGUAGAAUAUGGAUUAUAUUGUAGUUUUGUCUUCAAGCCUUUGUUUGAUUGUCCUGUUGAUGUUCUGAGUACCGCAGUCACCUUGUAGAAAAGUUUUAAAAAAUCAAGUGAUGUGCCUUUUUUAAUGUAAUCAUUAGUAAGACAUUACAAUUAUACUUUAUUUGCAACGUCUGAUUAAAGACCUAAAUAAAUCAA